AUGAAGAGACAAGGGAUAUUUACAAAUGUAAAAAGGUCUCACUUUAUCUUAUGCGCCAUUAUAGUUGUAUUCACCACAGCAGUUAUCACUUCUUUCAACUUGUACUAUGUGAUACAGGAUGGCUCUCCUGGUCCAUCAGUAUACGCCAUUAACGACGCUGGAAACCCAGUACUACGCAAUAUUUCUCUGUUACAUUCCUUUACCUACAUCCCACAGAGUGUGGUUCGCACAUGGGAGAAGCGUGACUUUCUGAUUGUGUUUGGCAUCCCGUCCGUGGACAUUCCUCGCAGACAGAGGCGUCGUUACCUGCAGCGUACGUCGUGCUGGCGGCUCCCCGGUGUGGCGACGAGAUUAAAUGACUUCAGUGGUGCGAUGCUGGUGCUGUACGUACUUGCCCGGCACCAGCUAUAUAACUUCACGUACUCCGUGGCGCUGGAGGAGGAGGCGGCGGAGUGGCACGAUGUGAUUGCGCUGCCGAUGAAUGAGGGUCGUACUACUACCAAAAAAAUGUUUGGUGGCUCUCCUACUUGGGGCCGUGCUGCAGAUCUUGGGCUGAGCCGCAAGGUGUUUCUGUGGUUUGACAUGGCACUCCGUCUUUUCCCGAAUGUGAGCUACAUUGGCAAGGGAGACGACGAUAUGCUUCUCCGUGUGCCGCAGUACCUUACCGACCUGCGCACGCUGCCGCUCCGUGGAGUUUAUUGGGGAGCAAUGUAUCGGCCUAGAAUACGGGAUGGUAACGUAACCGUGAAGUUUGUAUUUGCGCUGGGCCCGUGCUAUACACUGACAAGGGAUGUGGCAGACAGGUUGGUAACGUACAAGCCACUGGAACAUCUGUUGGAGCUCCCGUACACCAAGGAGCGUGAGGCGGAGUUUUUCGCGAUGCAAGUAACGGGUGAGGACUCCAUGGUGGGGAUGGUGCUGAAGAAGGCCGAGUACUACCCCAAAAUGCAGUUCUUUGAAGAAAAACCCUGUUCAUUCCAUGAUAUUCAUGGCGGCGUCCGUCCUCGGCCAUUGCGGUCGACCUCUAUUCUUGUUCAUUCCCUGCUGGAGAGUGAGUAUGAAGCGGUGAUGAACCGAUUCAGAAUGUCCAGUGGUGCUGUGGCGCGACGCCGGAAGCAUUUGCGUGGUAACAGGGUAGAGUUCUCGUGCCGGUAG